AUGGCAUCAUCAUCCUUCAACUCGUCCUAUGUUGUCUCUCAGGGUGAUCUAGCCAAGAAGAAGAUCUACCCGACGCUGUGGUGGCUGUUUCGGGACAACCUGCUGCCUCAGUCGACGAUGUUCUUCGGGUAUGCGCGCAGUAAGCUGACGAUCGAGCUGCUCAGGGCCAAGUGCGAGCCGUACAUGAAGGUCAAGCCGGGCGAGGAGGAGCGCCACGAGGAGUUCUGGCGGCUUAACCACUACGCCGCGGGCUCGUAUGAAAGCGACGAGGACUUUGCCGAGCUCGAUCGGCAGCUCGUGCGCCUCGAGGCCAACGCGCCCCGGGUGAACCGGCUCUUCUACCUCGCGCUCCCGCCCUCUGUUUUCGAGCCCGUCACCGUACACCUCCAACGCACCUGCAUGGCCCAAAACGGCUGGACGAGGAUCAUCAUCGAGAAGCCCUUCGGGCGGGACGCGGCGAGCUCGCAGAAGCUCUCGGACCACCUGGCAGGGCUCUUCCGGGAGGAGCAGAUAUACCGCAUCGACCACUACCUCGGCAAGGAGAUGGUCCAAAAUUUGAUGACGCUGCGUUUUGGCAACAGAAUCUUCAGUCCGACCUGGAACCGGGACAACAUAGCUUCGGUUCAGAUAAGCUUCAAGGAGGACUUUGGCACCCAGGGUCGGGGCGGGUACUUCGACGAGUUCGGCAUUAUCCGUGACGUCAUGCAAAACCACCUGCUCCAGAUACUGUCGCUCGUUGCCAUGGAGAAGCCAGCCUCCUGUCAUCCGGACGACAUCAGAAACGAGAAGGUCAAAGUGUUGAAGUGCAUCAGGCCCCUGCAGCUGGAUGAUGUUGUGCUCGGCCAGUACGUCGGCGAUCCGGAGGCCAGUGAUCCCGAGGCGAGGCUAGGCUACCUCGACGACGCCACCGUGCCCGCCGGAUCCAACACACCGACCUUCGCCAUGGCCGUUCUCAAGAUCAACAACGAGCGCUGGGACGGUGUGCCUUUUCUCCUCAGAUGCGGCAAAGCGCUGAACGAGCGGAAGGCCGAGGUCAGGAUACAAUACCAAGACGUGUCGGGUGACAUCUUCGACGGCAAGGGCAAGCGGAACGAGCUGGUCAUAAGGGUGCAGCCAGGUGAAGCUCUCUACAUCAAAAUGAUGACCAAGUCGCCUGGCAUUACCUUCGACAUGGAGGAAACGGAGCUCGACUUGACCUACUGCAGUAGAUACAAGGGUCUCAAGUUGCCCGAUGCUUACGAAAGACUGAUUUUGGACGUUUUCUGUGGCUCUCAGAUGCACUUUGUUCGCAGCGACGAGCUCAGCGAGGCUUGGCGAAUUUUCACGCCUCUGCUUCAUCAGAUUGAAACGGAAGACAUACGUCCGACUCCUUACAAAUACGGCUCGCGGGGACCAAAAGAAGCCAACGAGAUGGCGAAGAGAAACAAUUUCGUAUUUUAUGGAACUUACACCUGGGUUCGACCGCAACAUUAGACAGCGUACUUAAUUUUCGUGAUUCUACGAACCAUGUAAUUUACGAAAUGAAUUGAUCUGUGAUCAUUUGAAAAAACUUUUUUGCAUUUCCAUCGACUAAAAAAAAAAAAACCACUUUGUGACUUACAUCCAAGUUGAAUGUUGGCACAUUUAUAUUUUUGUAGAAAUUGCUGUAAAGUUUAUUAUAUUUGUAUCGAAUCGACAAAACCACUGCGAAAUCGAUAAAAAAAAG